CUUCAAGCACGUAGAAUUGUCAAGUGCACUUGAUCGUCUCGCGGACCCAUAACAGUGUCUCAAAUCUCAAUCAAUUCUCAUUAGUUAAUUGUUAUAUAAUUGUUUAAAGAAUUUGUAUAUUUAUAAUAUAUAUAUAUGUACACUUUAAUUAAAUUAUUAUUUUAACUUUUAAGCUUUUUCCGACAUCGUGAAUAAGAAUUCUUAGCAAAAUUAUUUUACAUGUUGUUGCUUUAGAGAUAAGUGAUAACAUUAUCAACAAUAUAUAACAAUCUUAUUAAUACCAUAGGCGAUAAGUUGUAGUGUUACAUAUAUUUUUUUUAAAAUGGCUUUAUCAAAACCUAUUAUGAAUUUAGUUGCAUCUUAUUUACAAAACUUGUACUUGCACCCAAUUAAAACAAAAUCUAUAUCAAGUUGUGUUGUUGGCUGUGCAGGCAGUAUUGCAUCACAAGUUGUUGCAGGUGAAGGGAUUAAGCUGGACCCAAUCUUUGCAUUUGGACUUUAUGGGUUAAUAUUUGGUGGAACCAUUCCUCACUAUUUCUAUGAGCUCAUAGAAAGAUUGUUUCCUCAUGAAGCAACUGCCUUUCCUCUUGCAAAAAAGCUUAUAUUUGAAAGGCUAGUUAUUGCACCACUCAUGCAAGCUUUCUCUCUAUACACCCUUGCAAGAUUUGAAGGCAAGAAUCACAAAGCAGCAUUGAAACAGUUACAUUCACUAUACUUCACUGUAUUAGAAGCUAACUGGAAAUGGUUAACAUUUUUCCAAGUUAUAAAUUUGGCCUUUGUUCCCCCAAUGCUCAGAGUACUAUUUAUGAACAUAGUUGGAUUUGGUUGGGCAAUGUUUAUAGCCUCAAAACGUAGACAGAAUCAGAAAAAAGAAUCUUCAUAACUGCAUAUCUAAUCGGUGUUGGUGCUGAAUUAUACAUAUCAUCUGGUUAUUUUGAUAAGAUAUAAAUACCACUUGAACUCUACAUCAUCCUGUUUAUGAUUUACUAUAACAUAAUGUAAUGAAUGUGAUACUGUAGUCUUAUGUAAGCAUUCCAAAUGAAUUUAAUAUUUAUUAAAAUUGUUAGUAAAAAGCAUUUUUGGAAUAAAUUAUUUUAUUAGUCACAAAUGUGUAAUUUGUAUUUCAAAUUAUCUAUUUUUAUAUUGGGGCUCAAUGGUUAAAUAAUAUUAUACAACUUUGUAACUUUAUAUGCAUUUUGUAAGUUCAUAAUAAAAUUAUUUUUACUCA